UAACAUUCAGUGUGUAUCUCGAUUCAUGAAUAAAAGAGCAACCAUGGCGCCAUCUGUCUUGAAUAUUAUCAAACAGUUACGUUGAUUAAUUUACAGAUCAUAGUGUAAUAUUGUGUAAUGUUUUGAAAGAAAAUAUAAUUGAAGAAAAUGGGAAAGAAAACUAAAGCGCAGAAUUUAGGAAAAUCUUUAAUCAGAGAUCGUUUUAGUUCUUCGACCGCUAGAAAGUUUCGUGGAGAUGUAUCGAAGCUACAUUCUGAAAAUGUUAACGAUGGAUACGAUUGGGCAUGUCUUAAUCUUCAAUCUGUUACGGAAGAAAGCUCUUUCGAAGAAUUUCUUUCGACUGCUGAUCUUGCCGGAACGGAAUUCAAUGCAGAAAAGUUAAACAUCAAAUUUGUUAAUUUACAAGGUCUACCGGGAUUAUUGAACAAAGAUGAGAAGAAAAAGGUUUUGGAAGCUCACGAAAAAAAUAAAGGAUUUCUUAAAAUACCUAGAAGACCCAAAUGGGAUAGUUCUACUACGGGAGAAGAUUUACAAGCUAGAGAAAAAGAAGAAUUUUUAGAGUGGAGACGUGGUUUAGCUAUGUUACAAGAAGCGGAGGGUCUUAUACUUACACCUUAUGAAAAAAAUUUAGAAUUUUGGAGACAAUUAUGGAGAGUGGUAGAACGUAGCGACGUUAUUGUUCAAAUUGUUGAUGCAAGAAAUCCUUUAUUGUUCCGCUGUGAAGACUUGGAAAAUUAUGUCAAGGAAAUUGAUUCUAAAAAAAUUAAUUUAAUUCUUAUCAACAAGGCAGACUUUUUAACUGACCAUCAAAGACAGUUGUGGGCGGAAUACUUUACAAGCAUUAAUAUGCGAAUUGCUUUUUUUUCCGCUAAAUUAGCUGCGGAAGAUGAGAAAAUAGAGGAAGAAUCGAAUGAGGAUGUUGAAGAUCCCGUUGAUGGGCAGGAAAAUGAUGAUAGCGAUGAGGACUCUAUAAGUAAUGAUGAAAAUGAUGAAAAUGAUGAAAGUAAAGAAGAGUCAUUAGAUAAUGUAAUAGAGAAUACAGAAAUAGAAGAUGAAGAUAAUAAAAUAUCUGAACUUGGAGAAAAUAAAUCAUCAAUUAAUAAUUCUCCAGAAUUAUUAACUAGGGAUAAGUUGAUUUUAUUAUUUAGAUCAAUAUAUAAAGAAAAAACAUAUCUGGAAGGGGUUACAACAAUUGGUAUGGUAGGAUAUCCUAAUGUUGGUAAAAGUUCUACGAUUAAUGCAUUAUUACAAUACAAAAAAGUCUCAGUAUCUGCUACACCAGGCAAAACAAAGCAUUUUCAAACUCUUUUUUUGGAUAAAGAUUUACUUUUAUGCGAUUGUCCUGGUUUAGUGAUGCCGUCGUUUGUUUGUACUAAAGCUGAUAUGAUUUUAAAUGGCAUAUUGCCAAUAGAUCAAAUGAGAGACCAUGUUCCACCAGUUACGUUACUUGGUACGUUAAUGCCUAAAUAUGUACUUGAAGAUAUAUAUGGAAUUAUGCUACCUGUACCAGUAGAAGGAGAAGAUCCAGAUCGAUCACCAACUGCAGAAGAAAUUUUAAAUGCAUAUGGAUAUAAUAGAGGUUUUAUGACACAAAAUGGGCAACCAGAUAAUCCACGAACUGCUCGUUACGUUUUAAAAGAUUUUGUAAAUGGCAAACUGUUAUAUUGCGUUGCCCCACCAACACAAAAUCAAAAUGAAUUUCAUCAGUUUCCACCUCCGCGAAGAAUUAAAACAGAAAAUACUCACAUACCACCUAGAAUGGCUCGUGUAAUGGGAGGAAGAAAAGCUAUGUCUGAAGAAUUAGAUAAAAAAUUUUUAAACCAAGUAUGCAGCGGUGUGCAUACUAGAGGUGUUCUUGGAAAAUCAUCUGCUACACCAUGGAAUGUCAAUCAUAAUGGUGUGGAUUCUGUAGCUGGUUCAAUGCAAAGUCUUUGUAUGGAGGAAAAACCUUGGAAAAAAAUUAAUAAGCAUUGUAAUAAAAAAAAACGGGAAAAGGCUAGAAGAUUAUAUAGUUAUCUUGAUCAACAUUGAUAUGGAAAAGUAUGAUGCACAAAUUAUGAUUUUCCUUAACUUAGGAAAUUAUUAUGUUACAAAGAAUCAGUUCUGUAA